AUGGGUGGAGGUAACAAAAGUGUCAACCAAGGAGGUCUAGGCAUAAGAAGGAUCAAAGAUGUGAAUACUUGUUUACUACUCAAAUGGUGGUGGAAAUUUGGGAAUCAAGUCAAUGCACUCAGGAGGAGGGCUAUCUGCAGCAAGUAUAAAAUUGAGGAAAAAUGUUGGCAUCCUCCACUAAGAUCACAUUAUAAGCGCUCUAGAAUGUGGACUGACAUUAUCUCCAUUGGGGCCUAUAGCAGGAAUAUCUUCAACUUCUACUUGGAUAAUUGUCUACUUAAAGUGGAGAAUGGGUCCAUAAUCAGAUUUUGGCAUGACAAGUGGUGUGGAGGCCUUUACUUCAAGUCAGAAUUCCCUCUUCUUUACAAUCUUUCUACUGACAAGAAAGGUUCCCUUCAUUAUUUCUUUCAUAGGAAAUCUAGCUUAGAUCUUUGGAAUUUUCCGUAUAGAAGAGUGCUAUAUGACUGGGAAUUACUUGAAGAAAUCAGACUUGUUAAUGUCUUAUCCUCAUCUCCUUCUCUAUGUCUUGACAGUGUGGAUUGUCGAGUUUGGGCUAAUGGUUCUUUCUCUGUCUCUGCCCUUUAUUCUUUCAGCAGCUCUCAGCUUGGCCUUGAACUUAGAAUUAGUAAGUUUGUCUGGUGUAAUGCUUUACCCCCCAAAGUUCUCUUUUUUGGUUGGCUGGCUUGGAAAAAUACAAUCAAAUCUGUAGAGUUUUUGCACAGAAUUAGCAUUUUAAGCAGCAGUGUAUCCUUCCUUUGCCCAUUCUGUAGCACUGAAGUUGAAUCUGCUCUUCAUGUAUUGUUGCACUGCCUUUUCUCCUGGUUUAUCUGGUCUUCGGUGAUUUACGAUUGGGGUUUUAAUUGGUGUAUUCAAGGAUCAAUGGAAGGUCUUUUCAACUAG